UCUGCACCAUGGAUACUAUCUUGUAACACCAUGUUUGACACGCAGCAGUGUGUAACAUGUCCAUGGAUACUAUCUUGUAACACCAUGUUUGACACACAGCAGUCUGUAACAUGUCCAUGGAUACUAUCUUGUAACACCAUGUUUGACACGCAGCAGUCUGUACCAGGAGGGGGCGGGGCUACAGAUUUAAACCUUCUGAUCAUGAGCAGGACCAUGAUUGGUCAAACGUUCGUCUCCUCCGACUGCACAGAAAUCACCUCCGUUUCCUCCGUCUCGUGACGUCUCCUGCAGUAAUCUGAGGCAACACAAAUACUCAACUUUUUGGCGUAAAGGUGGAUCUGGUAGCCCACGCCCACGGCCACCAUGACGCCCACCACCACGCAGAGGGCGGUGCUAAACAUCCACAUGGCGUCCGUAGCGCGUCUCACCACCGGGCUGCGCCUCACGCCGUCUGACCAAUCACAAGGAGGUCAAGGUUAGCGAGCGCCCGGGACCGCCUUGGCCACACCCACCGGCGUGCACACGGGAACCUUGGUGCUGGGAGUCCCCUGAGAGCUGAACCAAAGACUGUAGGACGCCUGGUCUUCUUGGGUGUCCACCUCGCUCACCGUCAGACUGAACUUUCCCGAAAUGUGAGCGUCGGCCGACAUGGUCACACGGUCCUUGUCCACCUUCUCCUGGUCAUCUGACGUGGUCACAUUGUCCACCUUCCCUCCCGCCCAGCUGGACCCGAGGACCACUUGGCCGUCCCUGCGCCACUCCACGGAGGCGUGGGUGGAGUUGGCGGCGUCCGGGUAGAAGCAAGGCAGCGACAGAGGUCGGCCCACGAUUCCCAGCACGCACUGGUCCCCUGCGGAGACGCGGCGUGCACACGGGAACCUUGGUGCUGGGAGUCCCCUGAGAGCUGAACCAAAGACUGUAGGACGCCUGGUCUUCUUGGGUGUCCACCUCGCUCACCGUCAGACUGAACUUUCCCGAAAUGUGGACCCGAGGACCACUUGGCCGUCCCUGCGCCACUCCACGGAGGCGUGGGUGGAGUUGGCGGCGUCCGGGUAGAAGCAAGGCAGCGACAGAGGUCGGCCCACGAUUCCCAGCACGCACUGGUCCCCUGCGGAGACGCGGGCACCUUUCCAACAUGGCGGCGUUGAGGAAGCUCCUCAUGCUACACCGACUUUUCCCGCUCCGCAACAGCCUGAGGGGAGCUUCCACCUGCGGCCCCCCGGGGAUGAGCUGCCUUCCCCGGCCGGGAGGUUCCUACGUGCCGCACUGCAGCAGAGCGUUUGUCCUUUCCGGCUGCGCCCUCAAACACACACAAGACCUGACUGGACCUUUUAGCAACCAAGAAGAAGAUGAGGAUGAAGACUUCAUGGAGGAGCAGGAGGUGGAGGAGAUGUUCCAGCAGCUGCAGCCGGACAUUGUCGUCCCAGGAGCGGGGGGCCACCACCGGGUGUUUGUGGUGCACCCUGACGUCAAGUGGGGGAGCAGAAAGCAACACCUGACCACAGCCGAGCUGAUGAUGGCGGAGGCGGUGGCCCUCAUCAACACGCUGGACAAGUGGACUGUGGUGGACCAGCUGGUCAUGUCCACCAAGACUCCGGAGAAGAAGAUGAUCUUCGGCAAAGGCAACUUCCAGACCCUCACAGACAGGAUCAGGAGGACAGCGGGCGUCACGGCGGUUUUUGUCAACGUGGAGCGUCUCUCCCCGUCCUCCGAGAGAGAGUUUGAGGAGGCCUGGGGGGUGAAGGUGCUGGACCGGUACUCCGUGGUGCUCCACAUCUUCCGCUGCAACGCCAGAACUAAGGAGGCCAAGUUGCAGAUCUCUCUGGCCGAGAUCCCCCUGCUCAGGUCGCGUGUGAAGAAUGACUUCAUGAAGUUGGACCAGCAGGGCGGAGGCUCCAGAUACAUCGGAGGCUCAGGUGAGACCCAGAUGGAGAUCCAGCAGAGGCUUCUGAAGGAGCGUGAGAUGAAGAUCCGCUGUGCCCUGGACAAGCUGAAGAAGAGGAGGCACCUGCUGCGCUCCCGCAGGAGACACAAGGAGUUCCCCCUGGUGUCGGUGUUGGGCUACACUAACUGUGGUAAGACCACUCUCAUCAAGGCGCUGACGGGCGACCAGCAGCUGCAGCCCCGAGACCAGCUCUUCGCCACGCUGGACGUGACGGUCCACGCCGGUCAGCUGCCGGCUCGUGUGACGGUGCUCUUUGUGGACACCAUCGGCUUCCUGUCACAGCUGCCACACCCACUCAUUGACUCCUUCUCCGCCACGCUGGAGGACAUCAAACAGUCGGACCUGCUGGUCCACGUCCGGGACAUCAGCCACCCUGAGACCACCAACCAGAAGGCCAACGUCCUGAACGUCUUGAAGAACCUGCAAGUCCCUGAGGGCCUCCUGAGCUCCAUGAUGGAAGUCCACAACAAGAUAGACCUGGUCCACAACUACGAGGCGACGGAGGCCGACGUCUUCCCAGUCUCCGCCCUGCGUGGGCGUGGCCUGGAGGCGCUGCUGGAGGCGGUGGAGGAGCGUGUGCUGACGUCCACAGGGAAGCGCGUGCUGAGCCUGAAGGUGAAGCUGGACACGCCUCAGCUCAGCUGGCUGUACAAGGAGGCCGCCGUGCAGGACGUGAGCGUGGACGCCGACGAGGGCUCGGCCGUGGUGGAGGUGGUCAUCAGCGCCGCCGCGUACGGACGCUACAGGAAGUGUUUUGUGGACGUGUAGCGAAGUGCCACCUUUAGAGGUCACAACAUUAGGGACACUUUGAUGGAGUCACAUGACCAUUCGUCAUUUGCAACAAUCAAUAAAAAUAU